UCUUCGACGCUGCAGCCUCCUGUGCUCCUCCCUCAACCGAUCUGUGUGAAGAUGGAGAACAUGCCAAUGCCAAAGACUAGGAAACCCAAUGCACAAUGGGAUGCAAAUGCCACAAAAAUUUUUAAUGAGAUAUGUGUGGAACAAGUCUUGGCAAAUAACAAACCACAAGGUUGUUUGAACAACAAAGGUUACGCCAACCUUAUUAGCCAAUUCAAUGAACGGACGGGUAGGAAUUACACCCGUGUUCAAAUGAAAAACCGAUGGGAUGCAUUGAAAGCUGAUUUUACCACAUGGAAGACACUACUUCUUAGUGCAUCUGGAUUGGGAAUAGACCCAAAGACCGGUACAAUUGCGGCUAGUGAUGAUUGGUGGGAAGAAAAAAUUAAUGUCAUGCCGUUGUGCAAAAAAUUUAGAUUUGCCCCUUUGGAUAACGAUGAAGAUGUUGAAAUUAUGUUUAGUGGUGCGUCCUACACCAAUACAAAUGCUGUGGCUCCAGGUGCAAGAGAGGGGUCAGCUGGUAAUGGUAAUGGUAAUGGAAAUGGAAAUUGUAAUGAUAAGGAUAAUGGUAGUGAUGAUGUCCAAGAGGUAUAUCCAAGUCCUGCUGAAAAACAACCUGUGAAAAGAGGUGCUGCUUAUAAAUCUCCAAAGAAGGGAAAGAAAAAUUUUAGAGAUAUGUAGUUCAAGCGUUUUGUGGAAUCAUUUGUGGAGAAAGCUAGUUCAAGCUUUGCAACUUCUUCACCCACUGAUCAUGUUAGGCAAGAGAUAGCAGAAAUGUUGCAAUUAGUCAUUGAAGCUGGGGCAUGUGAAGGAAGUGAUGAAUAUUUUUAUACCACGCAACUCCUCAUCAAAAAGGAAUCUAGAGAUGUGUUUGUCACUCUUAAAACCCCUGAAGGGAAGCUUGGAUGGCUUAAGAGGACUUGGGAGGAGAGGAAGAAACGCUAGAGAUUACUAGUGUAUUGUAUUUUUAAAUUAUCAUUUGUAUUGUACCUUUAAUUUAGUGUGUUGUAUGC